AUGCUGCUCGUCCCACCUCUCUCAAUAUUACCAGGGGGCAGCUGUUCCUGCGCUAUCCAAAAAGCGGGCCCUUGCAAACAGCACAUCAUGACUGACUGGGUCAUCGAGGUCUGGACGCCCUCCGCGAUGUGUAAGCUCAGGGCGAUUUGUCCCACCGCAGACCGGAAAUUACCGUUGAGGCCGGCCAUGCACGUCAAUCAGACCAUACUGGGCAGGGUACACCAUUCCGGUGGGAUGGCUUGGGAACCCACCAUCCGGGUUACUUUCCAAGGAACAACCAGGUGUCACGGCGAUCCAAUGGAUGAAGCACCGCCGGCCAGUGACGCAUGCGGAAAAGAGGUCCAACCGCCGAGGCCAGAAGGAAGCGCCGACACGAACAUGACUUUGUCAUCAGAAGGACACGGCAUUUCCCAACCACCAUCUUAUCCUAUACAUCCAUCAGGCUUGUCUGAUUGGCAUCGGACACAUCCACCUGAUUGA